AUGGUGGCUAAACAAUCACGACCACGUCGACCUUCUUCCAGUCGAUCCUCAGCAGGAUCAGGCAAUGCUCGACCGGAUCGAUCGCACAGCAAACGGCGUUCAUCUCACCAUCGUCGCCUGUCUGAGCGACAAAGUACGUUGAUGACCAUGACAGAGGAAGAAGAAUUAGAAGACUCUCAGACCAGCCCGGCAUUCUCUAAAACUCACCUGCCAACCUUUCCAGCCCGCGUCGCUACCCGGUCUUCAGACCAACGUAGAUUAUCUGCACCAGUCGGAUCUCUAUCCAAUGUUCCACGGCUAUCAAUUGCUGAGCGCUUUAUGUCUCCUUCUGCAGACAAGUCGACGGCCUCUUUGCCAAAGGUGAUCAUCCCCACUCGCGUCAACUCUUCUCAGUCAUAUGAACGACCACACACCAACACUUACAGCACCAAAGAAGAGGGUCGACCAGCCGUUCCUAUGGCAACCGUUCUAUCUCGACACUCUCACGACACAGACACUUACAUGAGCUGUCUAUCAGGCAACACAUCUUUCCGUGGAUCACUUUUAUCCUCCCCCGAUCCACGAAGAUUGACAAUCGCUAGUGCCUUUAUGUCGAUCAAAAAGGUUGAUUCUGAAGGUGGGGAACACAGACCAGGGAUCCCCCUUUUUCAAGAGGCUUCACAGUCUAGCAGUAUUGAACGAGAUGCGACACCACUUGGGUCGAUCUAUCAACAUGAAAGCACUGUGGCACCCGUUACUUCACGACGCUCUAGCACUCUAUCAGAUCCACGCUUCCAUCUCAACCUCAAUACUUCGCCUACAAGUACAGUUAAACUUUCAACUAUAGAUCAUAGACACAGCCAUCGAGUAUGGGGAAGUGAAGUGACACUUGAUGGUAGAGCCGAGAAAUACAAGCGACAACAAUUAUCCGGAGGUGAUGAACGAGAUGUGGGAAAAGAAAACGACUCUCGGUCAGAAUCACAUCGCUUCUAUUCAGUAACCCAGCCAACAUAUGAAAAACAUUAUUCGAAUAGUGAGUUGCGGUAUGACGAUAUUGAUCUAUUUGCUGUCGAGAGAGGGCCUCCGCCACCUAAACGUAAACACAUUCAAGAGCCAUUAGAAGCCGAUUAUACCCAUGGAAUUUGGCUUGGCUGCUGUUUCUUUGGCUGGAGAAGAGGUUAUAGAUCUAACCCUUAUGAUGCUAAAGAAUCUCGAGCUGCCGCUGGUCGUGGGCACUGUCGACACAGAGCAUGGGUUAUUUGUGUGUUUUUGGGUCUGCUGGUAGCUGGACUUGUUGUGUCAUUUAUAUGGCCACGCAUCCCUCUCAUGCGCAUUGAGGGUGCGUCGGCCACUCUUUCAGCCAAGAUUACCCAGACUCGUCAAAACGACCGGGUUGGCAAUGUAGCCUUUGAGAGCGAAUGGCUUGUGAAUAUUACAGUCGACAACCGACACAAUUAUCUGCCAACACGGCUUACCCGGCUUCAGGUAGUUGCCAAGGACUCCUUGACCGGACUUGUGAUUGGCAAGGGUGUACACAAUAACGAUGCAACCCCGGAACCAAUAAUCCUUCCAGAAAGAAGAAUAUCGAUGAUACAGGUGCCUGUUCACCUGAAUUACCAAGCGCGCGACGCUUCUGAUACCACCUUUGUUAAUCUGGUCAAUGCCUGCUUCUCACAGUCCGUAACUUCAUCAGAAAACGAUGCCAAUAAUACCCUAACACCAUCUCAAACCAUAAUUCCAGUGUCAAUACAACAGCACCGAGAAUCUCUCCAGCUUCAUUUCUGGAUGACACUCUCCAUUACUGGACUAGAUUGGACUGGCUAUCGUCCCACCGUAAUUGCCACUCCUGCUUCUGGUGGAUUUGCAUGCCCACUUUCAUAG